AUGUCAGGCACAUAUUCAAAGGCCGAUGUGCAAUCGCACAACAAGGCCGACAACCUCUGGAUCAUCGUUGACGACGAUGUCUAUGAUCUGACCAAGUUCCAGGAAGAGCACCCUGGUGGAAAGAAGAUUCUCCAACGAGUAGCUGGAAAGGAUGCCAGCAAGCAGUUCUGGAAGUACCACAAUGAGAGCAUUUUGAAGAAGUACCAGAAGCAACUGCAGGUUGGCUCUCUGGACUCAAAGACAAAGGCUGCACCACCCACACCUCCGGCCACUCCUCCUCCAGCAGCGAAGAAGGAGAAGGAGAUUGUCAAGCCUGAAGCCGAACCUGGUUUCGUGGCUCCUGAGCCCGGAGCUGAUGCCAAAGAGGCUGCCGAAGCUCUUGAUCAGUUUGGUGACAUGAUUCCUGGUGGUGAUCCUAACUGGUACCAAUCUGUAUGUUGUUCUAAAUGCACACUGCGAAAGCGUACUAACCAAUCGCCAGNNUACCACUCGCCCUACUUCAACCAAUCUCACGCCGAUCUCCGCGCCGAAGUCCGAGAGUGGAUGGAUAACGAAAUCAUACCAAACAUCACCGAAUGGGACGAGGCUAAAAAAGUGCCGGACUCAGUAUACAAGGCUAUGGGUGAGCGCGGAUACCUCGCUGGUCUCAUGGGUGUCCACUAUCCCAAGAACGUCACCGACAAGCGUGUCAAGUCCGUCGCCCCUGAGAAAUGGGAUCUGUUCCACGAGAUGCUCCUCACCGACGAGAUCUCGAGAUCUGGCAGUGGUGGCUUUGUCUGGAAUCUCAUCGGUGGUUUCGGCAUCGGUGCUCCUCCAGUCCUGAAGCACGGAAAGAAAGAGCUCGUACAGAGAAUCAUGCCUGGUAUCCUGAGCGGAGACAAGAGAAUUUGCUUGGCCAUCACUGAGCCUGACGCUGGUUCCGAUGUCGCCAACCUCACUUGCGAGGCUAAGCUCAGCGAGGAUGGCAAGCACUACAUCGUCAACGGUGAGAAGAAGUGGAUCACCAACGGUAUCUGGUCCGACUACUUCACCACUGCUGUCCGCACUGGUGGAGAGGGCAUGAACGGCGUUAGUGUUCUUCUCAUUGAGCGCAGCUUCGGUGGCGUUUCGACCAGAAAGAUGGACUGCCAAGGUGUCUGGUCGAGUGGCACAACAUAUGUCACCUUCGAGGAUGUCAAGGUACCAGUAGAGAACCUGAUUGGCAAGGAAAAUCAAGGUUUCAAGGUUAUCAUGACAAACUUCAACCACGAGCGUAUUGGUAUUAUCAUCCAGUGCCUGCGCUUCUCACGCGUCUGCUACGAGGAGUCGAUGAAGUACGCACACAAGCGACGCACCUUCGGCAAGAAGCUCAUCGAACACCCCGUCAUUCGUCUUAAGCUAGCCCACAUGUUCCGUCAGAUCGAAGCAUCGUACUCGUGGAUGGAGAACCUUAUCUACCAAUGCCAGCAGAUGAACGAAGUAGAGGCCAUGCUGAAACUCGGAGGUGCCAUUGCCGGUCUCAAAGCUCAAGCAACCACCACUUUCGAGUUCUGCGCCCGCGAGGCCAGUCAGAUCUUUGGUGGUCUCAGUUACAGCCGUGGUGGUCAGGGCGCAAAGGUCGAGCGCCUCUACAGAGAUGUCAGAGCGUACGCCAUCCCCGGUGGCAGUGAGGAGAUUAUGUUGGAUUUGAGCAUCCGCCAGUCCCUGAGGGUGCACAAGGCUCUGGGCAUGAAGCUGUAA